AGGAACUUCAUUUUUAUUGGAAACAAAUUGUCGAUUUGGGUCGUCACUCCGGCACUAGUAGCAUAGUGGCGGCGACGGUGGCGGCGGAGUAGGAGGAGGGGAAGAAGGAUGGCGUCGGAGGAAGAGGGAAGGGACGUGUUGAAGGGCAUGGAUUGGAAGACGGUAGGAAGCGUCGCCGUCCCCGAGAACCAGCAACAGCAGCAAGCCGUGCCGCCUAGGAAGAAGCUGCCGAGGAAGGUGAGGCAGGUGCCCGACUACUACUUCCUUCCCCGCCGGUCGAUUCCUGCCACCAUCGCCCUCUAUGGAGCCAUAUGCGCCGCCGGCGUUGGCGCUGGCAUGUUGGUUGAGGUCUGGAUCAACAAGAAGAUCAAGGAGGAUGGAGGCAUCGUCUGGGAGAUGGACAAGGAGUAGACGUGCUCCCUUUUCCUCUUAAGAGCUAGUGUGGCUACUCUCUCUAUGUUGAAAAUCUUUUGACAUUCGUUUCUCGCUGAGCAUCCAUUUAUAGUGUUCUUUCGGAUGACGAGUUUGGAACCGGAGCAAACUCAGAGGGCCGUCUUAGUUUGCAUCUUUUCAGCCAAGUUCUGAAUCUUCAAGCAUAAGAUUGUAUUGUUGACCGGUAAUUUAGCUUAUACAGAAUGAAAAUUUUCCGUUUA